GCCUAAAGUCUUCAGAGUGUUUCAACAUUCCUUCAUUCCUCAUCUUCUCUUCGUUGUACUAUAAGAAACAGAGGGAAAACGUGGGCUUUCUUCACCUGGCGCAACCAAAAUCCUGUCUUGCCCCUGCUGUCGUGCGCGCUUCCUCCUCUUGUCAACGAAGCAAAAGAGAAGAGAUAGGAAGAGAGGGAGAGGAAGAGAGGCAUGGAAGAUCUCUUCAUAUGGCUUAUUUCUUUCUUCAUCCUCAUUGCCCUUAUCGUUCUCAUUGUUUAUCAGCUCAUGUGCUUGGCUGAUUUAGAGUUUGAUUACAUCAAUCCUUAUGACUCUUCAUCACGGAUAAACAAAGUGGUCUUGCCGGAAUUUAUCCUACAAGGAUUUUUAUGUUUUUUGUAUCUAUCAUCGGGGCAUUGGGUCAUGUCACUGUUAUGUGCUCCAUAUUUAUACUACAAUGUGAGACUUUACACACGGAAACAGCACCUGGUAGAUGUCACAGAGAUAUUUAACUUGCUUCAUCGGGAGAAGAAGCAACGUCUUUUUAAACUUGCCUACCUCGUUGUUCUCCUUUUUUUUGCCGUGUUCUGGAUGAUCUGGUCUGCGAUAGAAGAUGCAGAUGAUUAACUGGAGAUGUGGCUUUCUCAACUUGAAGUAUUUCUUGCUCUCAACUGCUGCCAUGCAUUGGCCGUUAACAUGGCUCUUUUUUCCCUAUCAUAUUUCAGCUUGGGUCUAUUGUAACUGAUAUAGCAUCAAUCCCAAGGUUGUAUGAUUGUGAGAAUUUCACUUGAUUUUAGUUCAAUAUAUUUUUCAGGCAUCUGAAAUUUGUUUCCUAGGCAUUCAGUUUGCCUCGUGCUUGGAUUUGCUCAAACAAUGAGCUUUCACAAAUCCUUAUUCAGCAAGGAAAAAAAUAUAGCAUUCCUUUUCUUUAGAAAUUCUCUUUCUGCCUGUUACUUCUUCCCAUUAAGGAUUUUAGCGUGACAUGCUUAAACCUGGAUUGUCCUUGUAUUCCUUUUCGAUAUUUUUUAAAAUUUUUAAUUUACUUUUAAAUUUUUUC